AUGGGGGCAUACCUCGCGGAGGUGCGUAAGAUGGAUAAGCAAUUCUUGGGCCUGGAGCUACAACACGUGCCUCGCGGCAUGAACAAGGAAGCCGACGACAUCGUCAGAAGGGCAUCCAAGCGCCUGCCCCAGGAGCCAGGCGUCUUCGAAGAGCGACUUUUCAAGCCUUCAGCAGCACCCGCAUCUGCGGGGCUGGCAUCACCUCGGGAGGAGCUCCCCCAACCACCAGCCUCGGGAGCCCUCGCCUGUGGCCCGACCACAGGAGCACGCCUGCUCCUGGUGCUUGAACCUCGGGAGGGGUGCUGGACCGAGGAAUUCAAGGCGUACCUGAUGCGAGGGACGCUGCCGGUGAAAGAGGGGGAUGCGGAGCGCGUGGCCCGGCAGGCUACGGCGUACUGCAUACAGGAUGGUGAGCUAUACAGAAGGCGACCAAAUGAUGUUUCCUUGCGAUGCAUCUCCAGGGAAUAG